AUGGCGGCUCCCGGAGGACCAGAGUUCAAGCUCGUGCUCUGCGGUGAUGGAGGUGUUGGAAAGACGACCCUGGUCAAGCGCCACCUGACAGGCGAGUUCGAGAAGAAGUACAUUCCAACCCUAGGUGUCGAGGUGCACCCGCUGCGAUUCACCACGAAUUGUGGACCGCUGACCUUCAACGUCUGGGAUACUGCCGGCCAGGAGAAGUUCGGCGGCCUGCGUGAUGGCUACUACAUUCAGGGUCAAUGUGCCAUCAUCAUGUUCGACGUGACGUCCCGCAUCACAUACAAGGCAGCAGAAGUGCAGUCGGCUUCGGAUCAUCUCUGCCUUUCGCACGCAACUUCUCCGACUUCACUGGCUCUUGACAUCUCUUGA